AUGGAUAUUCCGGGAGUUUUUAAAUCAACACCUAACACUAAAAAGACCGCUAUAAUUUAUUACGACGACAACUUAGAAACUAAAAAAAUCUCCUAUGGAGACCUUAUAGAAUGUAGUUUAAAAAUAUUUAAAGAUUUGUGUAAUUUGGAGGUGCAAAAAUCAACAAUUCUUGUAUUAUUGCCAACAAAUGCAUACCUGCUUCCUCCAAUUAUUUUGGGGAUAGCCAAGUCCUCCUGCUCCUUCUUUUGCUCAAAGUUCAAUGAUCCAAAAAGUCUUCAACAUUUACUUCAGAAACAUCGCAUCAAUUACUUCAUCUCUCAAGACCAUCCUCAAGUGAUUUUGGAAGAGAAUAAUUACAUAAAAUGCCACGAACUGACUGUUUUUGAUGGCAAUAAAUUCAUCCUCUGCAAAUACCAAGAAAAUGUGGAGAAACAAUCUACAGAAAAUUAUGACAUUGCUUAUUGGAUGGAGACGUCGGGAUCCACAGGAAAGCCCAAAAUUGUAAAAGUUCCUUGGACUUGUAUCCUUCCGAAUAUUUCAGCUUUAAGCAAAAAAUUAUUUAUAAAGGAAAAUGAUGUGAUUUACAGUACAUCUCCAGCCACAUUUGAUCCAUUUGUUGUGGAUUUAUUCCUAGCAUUUACUAAUUCUGCCACAAUCAUAUUUACGACUGAUAGACUUAGAAUUGCUCCAUCGAGAAAGUUUGCGAAAGUGAUCUUUUCAAAGCACAACAAAGGAAGUGUAACGUUCAUUCAAAUGACACCAACCUUAUUUCUCAAUUUUGGCCAGAAUAUUCUCAGUCAAAUUGUCCUUUCUGAGGAUUCUUCCUUGAGAAUUUGUCUUCUUGGUGGAGAAAGCUUUCCUAAGAAAAGUCUAAUACCAUGCUCUAAUAUUGAGAUAAAAUUCUAUAAUAUCUAUGGUAUCACUGAAAUAUCUUGCUGGAGUAACAUGACAGAAGUUCAUUUAAAAGAUGAGGAUGAAGUUGAUAUUGGGGGAUUUCUUGAUGAAUCACUAGAAAUUGAAAUUCGAGAAAAUGGAACAUUGUGGAUUGGGAGUAAAAUCAGAAAAUGUCUGCUUGAGGAUGAAGAUGGAGAAAUUCUUAGAAGAGAUGAAGUUCUUUUCAGAAAUACUGGAGAUAUUGUUGAAGUUAAAGAUAAGAAAAUAUUCUUUCGUGCAAGAUCAAAUAGGAUCAUUAAGCGAUUUGGAGUGCAAGUGGAUUUGGCAAAAAUUGAAAAUGAAACAAAGAAUAUUGAAUUAAUUCAAAAUGUUCAGUGUAUUUUCCUACAAGACUCAAAAAGAAUUAUUUUGUUUUAUCAAUCAGAGGAAGAAAAUUUGAAAUUGUCGUACAAAUUGAAAACUACACUCAAAAGUUCUGAACUUCCUGAUGAAAUAGUAAAAAUUGAUCAAUUUCCUCUCUCGGAUCACGGAAAAAUUUCCCAAAAGAAGCUAUUAGAAUUGUAUCAAGAGAAAUCUAAGAAAAGUAUUUCAAUUGAGGAUGGAUUUAUUGAAUUGAUAGAGAGUAUUCUUCAACUAAAACCAUCUUUAUUUGCCUCAUUCACAAGCAUGGGAGGGGAUUCAAUAAAAGCUCUUCAAUUAGUAUCUGAAAUAGAAAAACAGUAUGACAAUGAAUAUCAAGAAUUACUUCAAAUGCUUUUAAGUCCUGAAAUAAAUUUAAGAGAUAUUCUGGAAUACUUAAAAAACUGUCCUAUACGCCGAGAACUGAGUGAUACUGAUGACUUAUUGAAAUCAACCUCCACUCUGCAGUUGAAAUUUAGAUGGAAAGUUAAUUUGGAGAAGUGUAUAGAUGCAACUCCCUCAAUUUAUCUGGGAGAUUCAACGUCAUGUGUUAGUGUUGGAAGUCAUUCGCAUAAAUUGGUUACGGUGAUGAUUGAAAGUGGAGAAAUUAUCUAUGAAGACAUUUUGGAGGAUCGUAUUGAGGGUCAAGUGGCAUUUUGUCCUGAUGGUUUUGGCUUUGUUGGCUGUUACAGAGGAUUUUUGUACAAAUUCACAUUUGAAAAACGGAAAAUACUUUGGAAAUUUGAUUCAUUAUCAAUGAUCAAGUGUCGUCCUUUGAUUGUCGGAGAUACAGUAAUUUUUGGGAAUUAUAAUAAAGAAAAUAAUGUUUGGUGUAUCAACAGAACAACAGGAAAUUUAAUUUGGUGUACAAAAAUUGGAGAAAAAGGUAUAUUAGCCGAUCCUUUGCUAACUGAUAAAACGACAAUUCUUUUAGCAACUUUAGACGGCACCGUUGGAAUAAUAAAAAUCGAUGAUGGUACAGUGUUAUCUCAAAGAGUCCUCAAAGCACCAAUAUUCUCAUCACCCACCAUUGUGGAAUUUAAAAAUGAAAAUCAAGUGAAAAUCCUGAUUGCUGAAGUAAAUGGAACUGUUAAUAUUUUCACAAUGGACGAAAAUCAUAUUUUACAACAAGGGAAUCCUUUUAGAUUGUCCGGAAAUAUCUUUUCUGGCUUCACAAUAUUGAAUCUCAAUGGAGAUUGUGGUCUAGUCGUCUUUGGAUGUCACAAUAGUUGCAUUUAUUGCCUCAGUGUGAACUCCAGAGAACCAUUCUUAUCACUUCAAUGGAAAACAAGAUUAAAUUCUCCAAUAUUCUCUACACCGUGCUGUUUAAUGGAGAACUUUCUCGUGUGCUGCACAACUACUGGGCAGUUGAUAGUGCUCAAUGCAAAAGUGGGACAUCCUGUAUGUUUAGUGGAACUUCCUGGUGAGGUCUUUUCAUCACCAGUUGUUCAAGAUGAUCUAAUAUUUGUUGGAUGCAGGGACAAUCAUCUCUAUUGCUACUCCAUAUAACGAAUAUACUGGAGCAGAAAA